GUAUCAUUUCCACUAGUGCGAGUGUGGGGUUUACUUCGUCUGUUCGAUUCGUCAUUUCUGCCACUCGCGGUGGUCUUUCUUGUCGCGUCCCUGCUCAGUGAUUGUUCCAUCGAAGAAAAAAGCGAAGCGAAACAUAUUGGAUACUCGGAAACAUUGGCUUUUCUUGAUCUCCUUUCAAAAAGGACAGAAUUAAUAUCCGAAUGUCGUUCGAUCAUUCACUGACUGCAGAACACGAUGUGUUUAUUGUUUGGUGAAUAUAGUGAAUCAAUGUGUUUCGUGUAACGUUGUUCGUUCUGUGAGUGAAUUUUUCCUAAUUGAAGUAAAGAGAUGAGAAAUGAAACGAGGGACAAAAGUAGAAGCUGUCAGCCGCGAAUUGGGUUACGUCCCGUUCGCCUGGCAACGAUAUAUGACGCAACAGCCACCCUUCGUUAGUAUCCAUGAUCCUCGUGAUCUUUACCUGCGAUUUUAACUGCAACAGGACUUUAAGAUACGCGAAAAAGAAACGCUAAACUGCUCUCCAUGCAAUCAAUUAUCCUCGCUCCAUUAUCCUUAUUGCGCAGUCAGUUUUGGAGGUUAGUUGAUCACAAUUAAGAAAUUUAAACGAAAGCGACACCCACAGAGACAACCGGAUCAGCUGUUUCCCCAGGACGACCUUUCAACUACGCUUGAUAAUCCAAAUGCCAGUCCACCACGCGAAUCUUUUGGAAACCGCCAUCUCGAAAGCUCCUUGGUACCAGAAUAAAUUAAAACGGAGGAAGGACAAUGUUGUCGUACAUGCUGCCAACCGAAGACAAACCACCACCCGGAGAUUCGAAUCAGGGCAAUUAUCGCGCUAAUAAGUUGCAGAAAAGUCCGAAGGAACGCCCGUCCAUCGGUUCGAAGCCGGUGGGCAAAGUAAUCACGAUAUCCCCGAAAAAAUACGUUGACACGUCGAAGAUGAUCGUUUCAACGAAGAUCGAGGAGCAUGGCGACGAUCAGCGCCAUCUGCAGGACGAGCAGCGGCAACUGCAUCAGGGGGUGUUGAGUGAAAGUCCAAAGCACAACGGUACUGUGGUGAAAAAAUCGACUUUGCACACCUCGAAGGUCACUAAAGAUGACAGCCUGUACAGUAUAAACAGCGACGCGAGCACGGUUGGAAGUGAUCGAAAGAGUAAAAUUUUCAACGGGGCGAAGCACACUAGUCUAAAAAGAGUAUCCUUUGGCUCGAGCAAAGGAUCGAUGGUAGAAACUUUGGUGUAUGAGACACCUGUUCAAGAAGAGCCGGAAAUCAAUCGUUUUAUGGAUCACAACGGACGCAUACCCUCCAUGAUUACAUCUGUACCUGAUACCGACGAAGGUAGGGAAAUGGUACGCGUCUCGUUGCUAGGUCCACAACCUUCACCGACAACACCCGGCGUAUUUCAGGUGCAGCCUAUCGCGAUAUCGAGGACUCAACCGAUCGACAUGGACACCGUUCCGGCCGAACUCCUGACCACGCACACCGAACACACAGCUCCCGCCUAUCACACGCAAAUCAGCACGGAUAGUGGUUGGGAUAAUCCAUUCAGACCAGACGGUGACCUUUCGAGGGAAGCCGACGAGAUAGUGGAAUUGAUAAAAGGUGGAAAACCUAUCACUCCGACCCCUGGCCAGACAGCUCCACCAUUGCCAGGAUGCGAUACUACCGACAACGCGCAAACUACCGUUGAUCACGAUUCCAGUUCCAGUCCCUUGCUAAAAUCCUCCGCGAAUUCUACGAAUCGACAUGCGAAUUCUUCGCCGAAACCUGGGCAGGAGAAUGGAAACGCCCAUGGAACUCCGAUGAAAGCUGCAACCGCGAAUAGUCAGCAGCCUGUCAACGAUAAGGUUGUCACAUCGUCGAGAGCAGCUACCGUUGAAGUCGCUAGAAUGACAGCGCAGGGACCAGGCGACGCUUCGCAGGUCGAACACGUCACCUUAAAGAAGAAGCCUAAAUGUAAAUGUUGUCUUCUGCAGUAAUGAAAAGAAGUAAAACUGUCGCGUGAUUGACUCUGGCAGUCGGGGAUGAUUCUCCGUCGCUGAAAAUGCGUCGCGAAUUUGGUCGCCGAUAAAUCAUGUUUCUCGAAAAAUGAUCGUUACCACGAGUGCUGUUGAUGAUAAACGUUAUAUACUUCUCUCCAGAAAUGAAUUUCAUGAAGAGACGGGAACGACGUAUCUACGACUACGAAAUGUGUGAUCUGAAACGAAUUUUUUCAAGAAUUGUUCUAUGAACGCGAGUUGGUCCUGUCGAUUGAACCAAGCUGUUGAGCAAGUAAAGAGUGAAGAUUUUUACAAACAAUGGUUAUCGAUACGGAUGAAAAGAGAAUUCCGAUAUAUCGGUUCGAACGACGAUGAUAUCGAGCGAAUUGACACUGGAAGAUACCUGAAUGAGCGUAAAAGCACCGAGCCAGCCUCUUAAUAGCCUUUCAGAAAAACAGUGGAGUGUCUAUAAAAGUAACAGACUAUAUAAAAGAAGAGAAUAAAAAAAAAUA